CUCCCGCACACACCUCAAAAUUCCAUUUUCGAUACGAAAUUGGACAAAAUUGAAACAAAUGAAGUUUUUCAACGGAGAAUAGACGAUGCAAACACUUUUAAUUAAGUUGAAAGUGUUAAUUUGACAUGACUAAUUAGCGGGCACGUGUUUGUUUUCAAAUACUCUGAAGAAAUCGUUCGGUCAGCAUGUUCAAGAGUCGGGGUGAUAUUGUUUAUAAAUGUACGGUGCGACUUUUGGAGGAUACUGAGAUAUUAGAAUGUGAAUUCCAUCCAAGUUACAAGGGCAAGUACCUCUUGGAGCAUGUGUGCCAGCAGCUUAAUCUCACUGAGACUGACUACUUUGGGCUUCGAUAUGUUGACGCAGGAGGGCAGAGGCACUGGCUACAUAUGGCAAAGUUAAUACUAAAGCAGGUGAAAGAUGCGUCACCGAUCCUGUUCAGUUUCCGUGUGAAGUUCUACCCUCCGAACCCGCUGCUGUUGAAGGAGGAUACAACGAGGUUCCAGAUAUAUUUGCAGCUGAAGCGAGACCUGCUGCACGGCCGGCUUUACUGCACCGCCAACGAAGCAGCCAUGCUGGGAGCGCUAAUUAUACAGAUUGAACUCGGUGACUACGACCCGAACAUCCACGUCGGGAACUACGUGACAGAAAUGAGGCUGUUGCUAAGACAAACCGACGCCAUCGAAGCCAGAAUACAGGAAUUGCACAGAGAGCCAGUAGAAGGCACGCCGGGCGGCAGCGGUGGCGUCAAGGGCAUGUCCACACAGGAAGCUGAACGCACGUUCCUCAAGAUUGCCUGCCAAUUGGACACGUACGGCGUCGAUCCACAUCCCGUCAAGCAGGACCAUCGGGGCAACCAGCUGUACCUGGGCAUCAACCACGGCGGCAUCCUCACCUUCCAGGGUGGGCGGAAGACGCACCACUUCAAGUGGAACGAGGUUCACAAGAUCAACUUCGAGGGGCGAAUGUUUAUUGUGCACCUCAACUAUCCUGAGAAAAAGCACACAGUAGGUUUUAAGUGUCCGACGGGCGCCGCGUGUCGACACGUGUGGUGUUGCGCCAUCGAGCAGAUGCUGUUCUUCACGCUCCCGUCAUCGUCAGACGCGUGCGUGUACUCCGGCGGCGGGCUGUUCUCAUGGGGCACCAAGUUCAAGUACGUGGGCCGCACUGAAAGAGAGAUCCUCGAGAGGGACGGCCUACUGGCGCCUCGGGAUGGUCAUGAGGAGGGGUCCAGCGCAACCGGUGGCAAGCGGAAAGCGUCCAGCGUUCCCGCCACACCUUCCACGCCUAUGACUGGAGAUUUCGGCUACAGCAGUCUACCCCGUUCGACGCACAGCGCGCCGCUAGAGGAGAGCGGCAUAAUCCCAAGCAACGAAGCUUGCAACGGCGGCUGUCUGUUGAGCGGGCCUGCCGUCGACAUCGCGCUCGCUUGUGAUCACGUGCGCCCGGAAGACCCUAAGCCAGUUAUGGUCUCACCGGAAUAUAACCCGCGCGACUCCUUCGAGCAUUCUUCGACGGAGUCCGGGGCCACGACCCACACGCUGCACCCCCACGAGGAGUGGUCCCGCGCGCCCCCCGCGCCCCCUCCGGCCCUACAACCGCCCCCGAGGCCCUUCAGCCUACUACGAGCGUUUGUACCCUCCUUCAUAUUCGUUUGGCUCUCUCUAGCACUCCUAACACUCCUAGUCUUCGAAACAGACUGGCCUCCUCUAAGGUCUUUAAAACGGAAACCAGAGCUAGUAUCCCUCAGACAUCACUACUACGCACCCCUAAAGGAGUAUCUCAAGAAAAAGGUCAUAGAACUCUUCUGAUUCCGAAUGAUGAGUAAACGGUUCAAAGUUUGAUACGGGGUUCGGUACAAAUUGCAAACAUCGAAUUUGAAUUAAAUAAUUGUUAAUUUAAAAGUAGAUUCUUUGUUAAGAAUGUGAUUCAAACGAAGGUAAUAAAAUGUAGUAAUACAAAGCGAGAUUUAAAAUAUUCAAAAUUCCACUAAAACGAAAAUUUUACGAUGACAAAACUCUUACUUGUCGUUUCAUUACGAUAAAAAAAUAUUGAUUUGUCGAAUGCGAAUCAUACACCAAUAAAAAUGAUAACCUCAUAUCAUAAAGUAUUCAAAUCCACUUUGCGAUUUGUCCGUGUUUUGUAUCAAAUUUUAUAAAAAGCAGUACUGAAGAACUAAGAUUUAAGUAGUAUAUCUCAUACAAAUCAACUAGACACCACACCUUACUAGUAUGCAACUCCCUAGUCGCGAGGGGUCUAGUUAAUUUGCUUGGGUUAUAAGUAUAGGUCGGUAAUUUCGUGCUGUAUUUACCUAAACAGUCCAUAAUGUAGAGUUGUGACUAUCGUUCAAUGUCUUUGCUGAUUUUUUAAAAUGCCAAUAAUUUAAUCUUCAUCUGAACAUUAAAAUACUUCCUUAACAUAGCUGGAUGUUUUACAUAACUGUUACUUAAAUAUGUUAUUGAUGCGAUAUAGCUUUGAAAUAACCAGAAAUUUAUUCAAUUGCAAAGGACGAUUAAAAUGAUUGCUAUUGUAAAGCGGUGAAUGGUAUUAUCAACUCUAUAUUAUAUACUACCAUCAAGUUUAGGUAAAUAAGCCACCGAUUUUCCGAGCUAUAGUUAUAAGUUCGAUAUGAUGCGUCUUUACGCAGUGCCAAGUUCAGAGGAGCUUGCUUGAGCCGGUGUCUAUUUUACAAUAAAAAAAGAAAAAUCUUUUUAGUGUACUAAUGUUAUAGAAAUACAUACUAUAACAGUGUGUUUACUUAAAGAUGGAAAUGUGACAUUUGACAAAGUGACAGACUAAGAAUAUGUUACGCGAAGACGAACUCAUUAUAUGAAAACUGUGUAUCGAGCAUGCGCCCGAAUGAAGUCCCGCGGAUUUGAAUUGAACUAAUUGACAACUCAUAAUAAUUCUAUGAAAAUACUGCGACACUAGCGCUGUGGCCGCGGGACUUCUUUCGUGGCGUGGACUAUAGCGUAUUCACAAUUUCGCAUGUUGCGAGAUUACGUAGGUCUUAACUCGCGCUUUGAUAUUUACUCGUUCUACUCGCGCCGUUAGUGUGAAUAAGUGAAUAGAGAUAAAUAUUGGAAGAAGAAGGAGAAAUACAACUAACAAGAUAUUAUUAAGCAUUUUUAAUCUUUCAAUAUACGCACUGUUUCAAAUUCUGAUUUCAUACUAGCUGAAUCCCUUUCAAACAUGUCCAUUUAAAUAUUUGAACAUAUCUAAAUCUUCUCUACUCUAUGCACCUAUUACAUUAGUACACUAAAAUCUGUUAAAUAAUAUGAUAAUAUCUAAACUCCCGAUGCUGGCUCUCGCCGACUAAAUAAUAGUGUCAAAAUCUUUUCGGACACGUUUUACUGUUAGCGGUAGCAUUUGUAUAGAUAAAUGUCUAGCAUUUCUCUAUAGAGAGACUACUAUGUAAAAAGGAAUUCUAAUAUUAGGUCACGCUACGCUUUGUACAGUACAAUUAAUUUGUAAGCAUCUUUUAUUCGGCGCACAAACUUGUGAUAGCACUUUCAAGGCUUCGGUACACCAAAAGCAUAACAGAACGGGUCCGCGCUGCAAACCGCGUUCGGGGUGUAAAAAUACCACAUUUGAGCAAUUCAUCAAAAAAAGCAAUAUUGUAAUUUGACAUUUGCGCAUAUAAAAGUAAGUGCGCAGUGUCAACAAUGCCUUUUCACAUUUGUUUCUCGUGCAAUAUUCUCCCACAGCGAUGUUUCUGUAAUAUUUGUCUGAAAUCGUUUAUUUUACGCAUACAUUACAAACACACACACACACAUACACUUAUUACAUAUAUACUACAUAAACUUUUAAGUACAUGCUUAUUUUCUACAUUUAUUUUUACGUAUUAAUUCAUUGAUUUUUUGACGAACUGCACUGCCACUGCUUUUGAUGUGGAAGGAAUAUUACGCAUAGAACGUAAAUCCGCUCCCCACCAGCGGCUGAGCUAGGUUUACCUCACCCACCUCGGUCUUACUUUAGUCUUCAAUCGUAUGGGGUCAGACGUCCCACACACAGAUGCGCGUGUACGAUAACGUCAAUGUGUAGUGUCUGUGUAAAACUAGGUGUUUUGUAUGAAGUGCCCGGGGUGUGGCACUUCAUGUAUAGUUUCUUGUAUUAAGUACAGCCAUGAGAAAUAUAAUGUACCCACUUUAGGACUCUGUCGCACUAACAUAUUUGACAUUUAGUAAGACUUACAGUUCAAUUUGUCAUAAAAGUUAAUGUGACAUGGUACCAAAGUGUAAACAUAUUAAUGCUCGUGACCGUACAUCAUGUGCAGACGCACAUUCAAACUGCGUUGAUUUGCUUUUGGUAUGCCGAAGACUUUAGUCUGUGUCUUUUUAUUUUAGUAUUUAAAGUAUCCGCACAGUAAAGCAAUCUUUAUUAGCACGUUACACUCUAAGAAGAGGUUGUUGUAAAAGAAAAAAAAGAAAAAAUGGAGUUAGACUUAUUAUUAAAUGUUACAAAGGUUUUUCCAACAACUGUUAAAACAACUCCCUUUAGUUUUUUUGUAACAACACAGGUUUGUUUGAUAACUGUUUGAUAGAUCAUCGUCCAGAAGACAGACAGACACAUACAGAUAGAGACAGAAGGUCUACUCCUUACAAAAAUCUCAUUCCUACCAUGCGCCGCGUUACUGCGUAAGUGCGAGCGAGACAGACAGUUCGCGUCCUCUCCCCCUUACUCCUAAGAGGCUUACGACCAUUUAAGACUAAAGUAAGACCCAGCGGGGAUGAGGUAAAUCUAGCUCGGCGCCCGUUAGGAAUUGGAGCGGGGCGGAGAUUUACCGUUCUAUACGUAGUAUUCUUCUUUAUUCUAUGCUAUCCAUAGAGCAUUGUGGACACGGAAUAGAAGAAAGCGGUUGGAAGGGCCAAGUGAGCGCGAAAAGCGCGCCAUACUUGGUACAACUAUGAGCAAAUAGUUCAUACUUCAACUUUGGACUCCACUCUUCCGCAAACUUUGCGACGUACGGAGCACCGCGAUAGUACAUUAAAAUGUCGCCUUGUGCAUUAUAACCUGCAGGCCAAAAAAACAAAAUUCGACUAUCAUUAAAGUCCCUCCUUAUCACAGGAAAGCUUAAAUGAUCGGCUAUUUAUCAAAAAAAUACUCCUGUAUGCAGUAUCUUACGAAAAGUAAAGAUAAUAUUGCAGCCUAUCACAGUGUAGUAAAGUGGCUAUGGAAUUUGAGAAGCAGUAGAGCUAUCGUAGUUAUCUGUUUGCAGGAGUAGUAGUAAAAGGGAGUGGGGUUUAACCGGCGACAGCGGUUCUCAUACAAAAUGCGCAAUAUGGCCUUUUUAUCUUCUUUCUCCGUCUUUGUGGACGUCUGGCGGACUGUGCUAUCAGACAGAGUGAUAAAACAGGUCCUAAACCUCGCGGUGUUUAUUUUUUUAAAGUACAGAGCUUUAUUAAUGUCAAGAUGGCAUUCUUCACUAACUCGCACAUUCCUGUAUAGUCUUCCAACUAUUAUUUCUACAAGCUUUUAUUUAUUAGAUUAUCUUAAGAGUGACACGAUGCAUUUAUUUAUAUUUAUUAUUAUAUAAUUAUAUUAUAAGAGCACAAAAAUGUUUCUUUAUAAAGUUCUCUUGCAAAAGAUUUAUGAUAACGCUUGUUGUAUAUGGAGCUGGGAAAGUGGGAUGAGCGGUCUAGGGCGCGGCAGUUCGUAAUUGGUAAUAAUUUACUCGUCAGAAACGUGCUACUGUACAGUGCGAUGUGAUAAAAUGCGGUGCAAUGUGGUACUAUUCGGUGUAAUUUGGUACAUCAUCAUCAUCAUCAGCCCAUUAACGUCCCCACUGCUGGGGCACGGGCCUUCCCUAUGGAUGGAUAGGGAGAUCGGGCCUUAAACCAUCACGCGGGCCCAGUGCGGAUUGAUGGUUAUUAACGACUGCUAAUGCAGCCGGGACCAACGGCUUAACGUGCCUUCCGAAGCACGGAGGAGCUCGAGAUGAAAACUUUUUUUUUUGGUCACCCAUCCUAUGACCGGCCUCUGCGAAAGUUGCUUUACUUCAACAAUCGCAGACCGAGCGCGUUAACCGCUGCGCCACCAAUUUGGUACAAUUUGAUACAAUGUGAUACAAUGCAGUGCAAUGUGGGUGCGGUUUUAUAUAAAAUCCCGCAACGAAAAAUUCCUAUUUGUACGGCCAAGUAGUUAAUGUUAUCAGUAAUAUCACGUCAAAAAAAAAAUGCCCGUUAGCCCCGCUUUCCAAGUUCAGUGUGCAUCUAUCUUAAAUUAGGUAGUUUCCAAUCAGCUGAUAGAAAUAAUUAAGUAAUAUUUCGCCAUGGCACCUUACAAACGAACUUUUGUAUAUUUAGAUUACAAUGUCAAUGCAAAAGUGCCAUAAGGAUUUUACAAGUAAACUAGUCAUUUUAGAAAUUAUCCAUUAAUUAAAAAAUCUAUUGAAGCAACUAUUAGUUGUAUUUUACAAGUCUUAAAUGGUAACAUUGAACAUAAUAUUGAAAUGGUAACUUGUAAAAGUUGUAAAUUACGUAAUAAAAACAAUUAUUGUAUACUAGCGCCAGCGUUACGUACAAAAUAGGACUAACGGAAUAAAUAAGUUCGUUGUCAGUUAUCUAUGUUUUUUUAAUACAACAAAAUGUAUGAGAGUAUAAUGUGAUGGACAAGGAUAGAAACGUAAUUCUUCAGUAUAUCCUAUCUUGUCAUUCGCUGUUCAAUAUAAAUCUAUGUGAUCAGCCAAUCAGAGAGCGGCUACAUCGCGUGAUAACAAGGACCUGUUAUUGGUCGAAUCAUAUUUAUUGUUUAAAAAUCGAAGUGCAUUGUUGUAUUAGAAUUUUUGACAUGUAUUAUCGAAUGAAACUUUUUGCAUUUAUUUAAUGAAAUGAAAUUGAUUUGUUUAAUAUUAUAUGAGCACAAAUAAUAUUUAUACUAUUUUUAGAUUUAGAAUUACUUUUUAGUGCUUAAGUUAAUACUUUUUAAGGAAUUGCUAAUAGCCAGAAAAGUGAUACAUUUAAAAAGUAAUUGAAAUGAAAGAUCUGUUUUAUGCCUAUUCUUAGCAAAGAAAUUGUUAUAUAAAGUUAUUUUUAUCAGCAAAAUUAUGUUUCUACAUAUAUUGAAUCUCUUAUUUUAUUCCUAUUUGUUAAGCUUAUUGCAUUGUUAAUUUAUUAUUAAGGAAUAUUAUUUUAUCGGAAGCGGUAAGCAGUACUUUUAUAUUAUUUUAGUUAAAUACAGCAAUUGUUAAUGCCUUAUUAGGAGUGUGAAGUAGGUUAAGAAAAGCCUUGCUAAUAAAUGUUAGGUAACCAUUUCUCAUUUGGAUUAAAAAAAAUACAUUUUAUUUUAGUGUUAUUGUUAUAUUAAAUGUACGGAUAAAUGAAGAAUCUUUGAAAUGACGUCGGUUAUGUACCUGAAAACUUGUACUUAAAUGAAAUAAAAUCUUCAUGUCUUGAUAAUAAAAUAUAUAUCAGUCACAGUUAAUAAUAAAACAGUAAUUUUGGGUUGAAGUUCAUCUGGCAGCAUCGCAUCGCACUUUCCUAUGCUUAUAUACUUUUCUGUGGCUCAGAACCGUCAUUUGCUAGAGAGAUUUUAGCGGCAGAAUCGACAACGCCAGUGGGUUUAGCACCGUAAGCGCGCGACUCUUUCUCGCCUCGACAUACGUCACCCGUCACUCUCUCACAGUACUGCACAGGAAGAGACAGACGAUCUCUGUCGCGGCGAGAAAGAGUCGUGUGCUUACGGUGCUAGGCCCGCUGAGCGUGUGUUCGCAUGUUUAAGCAGGUGAUAGCGUGAUGUCAGAUGUGGUAAACCUUUCGGCGAUUAGCGUCCACAAUUGAAAAUUACCAUUUCUAAAAAAAGACCACUUCUUAAAAUGACUUUCUCCUAAAAUAAUAGCAGCCUUUUGGUCCCCUUGCUCUCAGUAACGUCUUUUCCCAUCUACACAUUUUACAAAAGUUAGCAUACUUGUUUACCUGAGCUUAUUCAUGACUUUUACUCAUUAUCACCAACGAUAAAUUUAACUUAUUUUUGUACUUAUCUCAUUUACGUAUCAAGAAAUGUAGAGAACAUAAUUAUAAUAUUCUUCAUUUUUUAGUAAGGCACUAGUUAAGACGCUUCUUUCUGCCUAGUCAACCACAUUCUUCAUACUAUGUAAUUUUAGAUGUAACCUGAACACAAUGAAAUAAGGUAUGAAAAAAGAAAUGUGUGAUGUUUAUACCCUUUAAAACGUAGUGUGAUUAGAAUUACAUAGCACGAAAGAGACGAGAGUUAUGUGACUCUAUAUAUUACCCUUUUGAAGGGUAUAAUAAAUAUUCGCAAACUUAAACUAUAUUCUGCACGGUUACGCUAUCCCGCAUGGCGCGAUAACUGUGGCGGGCUUCAAAAAAUACUAAGUACGACGUGUAUCUAUUUAUUUGCGACUAUUGGUUUAAAGUUUAAACCCCAGGUAGUUAUCGUACCGCUCGCGAAAGCGCAACCCGUGCAAACUCUACAGAUUAAAAAAAAAUUCUUUCAUCCAGUAACUCUUUCGUUCUCAAAAAUAUUUCCUUUUAGGUACCUUAUUUUAUUUUUGAUUAGUUUAUUUGUGUGUCUUUUACCCGCUGCCCAGCAAAGACAGGAUACUCGUAUGGAUCUGAUUCUUCGCGAAUAACUAGAUAUUUUCUUUCAUUGUGCUCAGGAGUCCUGCGUCAGGACGUAACGUAGUAAGUACCUGCUAAGAUGAAGAUGUAAAAUCGUGUCGAUUAAAAUAUUUUUACAAGACGCUAAUCCAUUUUAAGGAUCCUAUUUCAUUGCCGACGGUCUACCGUCACUUAUUAACCAGAGUAUAUUUUUUUGUAUCCCUAAAUCUAAACUUUAUUCAUUAUGAAUUUAUGACUCAACUUUUUAAGGAAUCCUAUAAAAUAUCGAAUGUGUCUAAGCGGAACUUUUUUAGCUGAAAUACUUUUGUGAUUGAUAUAGUCAAAAUAAAAAUGAGUUACAUGUUAUUGCAAGUAGUGUGGUAGAAUCAGGAAUUUGCAGCAAUAAAGUUUGUGUUACGUUUUAUUCGAUUAAAUCACUAGAUUGUCGUGGGUCUAGUGCACGCAAUGUGUUAUUAGUGUAGUGUUUCUAUGAAGCUGCGACACUACUUGUAUAUAUUCAAUGUGAUGUAAGUAGCGGAAUAUUAAACCGAGGUUCUAAAAUAUUAUCUAUACAGUCAUGAGCAAUACCAUGUACCCACUUAAGAACCUUGUCGCGCUAUCAUAUUUGAUACUUAAUGAGACUUACGGUUUCAUUUGUCAAAAAAGUUAAUGUGACAUGGUUUCAAAGUGUAUACAUACCUAUUAGUACUCGUGACCGUAGACAAAAAUAUAUAUUAUAACAUUAACAGCCUGUUACAAUUUAAAACAGACGGUGUCGAAUAUUGAAUUGUUUUUUUUUUGUGUUAAUAAUUAAGUAUCAUAUACGAGUACUUACCUUGAAACGCGGGUCAUGCGUUCGCCUCGUCUUGAGUGCUCGAAUGAUAAAAGCAUCGGUUUCAAUAUUCACGCUCCGUGGACCAACGCUUUCAUUUUGUAAUUUAUCUCUGGCAUGUCUAUUCCAGUGGUGUCUAUACAGAUACGCUAUCGCGCACGGCGCGAAGUAUAUCACGGCCUUCAACUAGAUGUACGCGUUUAUCUUAGUACACGUGGGAUGCGUCUGUUGGUUAAAUCGCGCGGAUAUUUAUCGCGUCGCGCAUGUUAGGGUGAUCCGUGCAGACCUAGCAGAUUUUGAAAAAUUGUACUUAGCAUACUAGACAUUGCUUGCAAAACGAACUUUAUCAAAAUCUUUGUGUAGUAUUCGUUUUCUAAUGUUGGACAUGCCAAUGUGGCUUAUGUUAUUUUCCAAGCUGUUUGACCAUCAAGUAGAGUAAGUUUGUACUUUAGUCUACUAAGCCUGAGCGGUAACUGCAAAUAGAUAUUUAAAUUAUACGGAAGCCAAACUUCGCCAUAAGUUGAACAGAAUUCGUAGUAUUAAGUUGCCAAGUUAACAGAGAGCACACAAAUGUCUCGAAGGAUUUGUAUCAUAUUCAUUCAAAAAUCAAUUUUCUUCUAAAUCUAAUGCUUGAUGAAAUGCAGUGGUUCUCUGUUAAAUUGUCAAUUGUAUACUAAACUCCAUUUAUAAAUGCUAUUUAAUAAAAUAAUUAGCUAAGAGAUUAGCUUUUAUUUAAGGUUUUGAAAAAAUCUUAGAGGUUUUAAUAAAACAUCCUGCCGAAAACGA